AUGGAACUGGAGAACAAUACACAAAUUUCAAAAUUUCUUCUUCUGGAAUUUUCAGAGAAACCAGAACUGCAGCCCCUCAUAUUUGUGAUUUUCUUCUGCAUGUAUCUGAUCACUGUGUUUGGAAACCUGCUCAUCAUCCUGGCUGUCAGCUCAGACUCCUGCCUCCACACCCCCAUGUAUUUCUUCCUCUCCAACCUAUCCUUUGUAGACAUCUGUUUCACCUCUACCACCAUCCCGAAUAUGCUGUGGAACAUCCAGACACAUAGCAAAGUUAUCACCUAUGAAGCUUGUAUCACCCAGAUAUAUUUUUAUAUACUCUUUGCAGGAUUAGAUGACAUUCUCCUGGCUGUGAUGGCCUAUGAUUGGUACAUGGCCAUCUGCCACCUCCUGCAGUACAUGGUCAUCAUGAGCCCCCGGCUCUGUGGACUGCUGGUGCUUCUCUCUUGGACAAUGAAUAUCAUGUAUUCCUUGUUACACAGUUUGAUGGUGUUGCGAUUGUCCUUCUGCUCAGACUUGGAAAUCCACCACUUUUUCUGUGAACUCGAUCAGGUGAUAGAACUUUCUUGUUCUGACACUUUUCUCAAUAACAUAGUGAUCUAUUUUUCAACUGCUCUCUUUGGUGGUGGUCCUUUUGCUGGCAUAAUCUACUCUUACUCUAAAAUAGUUUCCUCCAUAACUGGAAUCUCAUCGGCUCAGGGGAAAUAUAAAGUAUUCUCCACCUGUGCAUCUCACCUCUCAGUUGUCUCCUUAUUUUAUUGUACAGUCUUAGGAGUGUACCUUAGCCCUGCCAUUACACACAGCUCACACACAAGUGUAACAGCCUCGGUGAUGUACACUGUGGUCAUGCCCAUGCUGAAUCCCUUCAUCUACAGUCUGAGGAACAAAGACAUAAAGAAGUCUCUGAAGAGAUUCUAUUUGGGGAUGCCAGGUGUAAAAUUGCCAGUUACAUGUAAGAAAUGA